AGACAUUGCAUACCUGAAGACAACCCUACCCCCUUCAACAGAGGAGGGAUUCUUUGAAUACCUUAAGACCCUUGAUUGCUCUAACAUUGAAGUCUAUGCCAUUCCUGAGGGCAGUGUUGUAUUUCCCAGAAUGCCACUCUUACGACUUGAAGGACCUUUGCCCCUGCUGCAGUUGAUUGAGACACCACUCUUGACACUUAUCAAUUUUGCAAGUCUGGUAACAACCAAUGCUGCAAGAUUCCGGUUAGCAGCAGGUAAAGAGAAGGUACUUCUAGAGUUUGGUCUAAGGAGAGCGCAAGGGCCUGAUGGUGGACUAUCAGCAUCAAGAUACUGCUAUAUGGGAGGUUUCAAUGGGACCAGUAAUGUACUAGCAGGAAAGCUAUUUGGCAUUCCAAUCACUGGAACUCACGCACAUUCCUUUGUUAUGUCAUUUGGUGGACUGAGUGAAGUCAAGAAUAGGAUGAUUCAACCAGCAGAUGAAAGCAAGAAACCUGUUGACUUUGUAGAGAUCUGUCUCCGAUGUCGUAAGAAGAUCUGUGAUGUCAUUAAUGUUCUCCAAGAACAGACAAAUGAGGGCGAGCUUGCUGCAUUCAUUGCAUAUGCAGUUUCCUUUCCUACAGGCUUUCUGGCGCUUGUGGACACAUAUGAAGUACUCAAGAGUGGAGUUGCCAAUUUCCUAGCUGUUACAUUAGCCCUUGAUGAGGUAGGCUACAAGGCUAAAGGCGUUCGUAUUGACAGUGGUGACCUUGCCUACCUGUCUCUCUGUGUUAGAGAUAUCUUCAAGAAAGUCGGAACUGAAUUCAGUUUACCUUGGUUGGAGAAACUGAUGAUUGUAGCCAGCAAUGAUAUUAAUGAAGAAACAUUACUAUCUCUCAACCAACAAAUGAUCUCACAAACUAUCCUUGCCAAUAAAACAAAGGGUCAUGGUAUUGAUGCAUACGGUAUUGGCACCCAUCUAGUUACCUGCCAAAAGCAACCCAACCUUGGUGGAGUUUGUAAGCUUGUACAAAUCAAUGGAGUUCCGAGAAUCAAACUGAGCCAAGACGUGUCAAAGGUCACCAUCCCAGGUCGCAAGGUUGUCUACAGACUGUUUAGUAGUGAAGGUCAUGCAUUGAUUGAUUUAAUGCAGCAGGUGGAUGAGGAACCCCCUAAACCAAUGGAACGAGUUCUGUGUAGGCAUCCUUUUGAGGAAUCAAAGAGAGCAUAUGUGAAAGCUGGGCGAGUUGAAAUCUUACACAAGCUAUAUCUCAAGAAUGGACAACUAUGCCAAACACUGCCCUCUCUUGAAGAGAAAAAGAAACUGGUUCAGGAUUCUCUUGAUUCUCUACGGCAUGACCAUAAGAGAGCCCUCAACCCAACACCAUACAAGGUAUCAGUGAGUGACCGGUUGUAUCACUUCUUACAUGACCUAUGGCUAGCUAAUGCUCCAAUUGGUGAACUGUACUAGGAAAUCCUUUGCAAGGUCAAAGGUCUUAAUUUUUUUCAUGUAUGACCAAAUAUUGCAUAGUUCUGCAAAAAUGCAUGUAGGGUAAAAUUUAUUAGACCAGCAACUCUCUUUCAAGCAUCAGCAAUACGAUUGUGAACUAAGAGUAUUUUUCUGUAACGAAAUGUUUCAAGACCAUUUAUAUUUUUCUAGUUAAUUUGUGGGGGUAUUUUUUUAGUUUUUGGUCCACUUGUUGUAGUCAUGGUAGAUGUAAUAUUUAAUAUAGCUUAAUUGUUCAAUAUACAUGUAUGUUUAUUCUUGUGAGUGAUUUAAAAUAAAGCCGCAUUGUGAGUGAUUUAAAAUAAAGCCGCAUUGAAUAUAUCGCUUUUAUAAAGCUUAGCUCAGGAGUUCAUUUUUCUGUCAUAUCGAUUCUGUGCAGCGUGAUUUGAAAUAUGUUCAAUUGAAUACAUGGUCAAAUUUAUUCCCUCUACAUUUGCAGAUGCCUAUAAUCAUUAGAGCUUUCUUGAUCAUGAAUUUUUGAUUUUAAUUGAGGGGGGGGGGACAUGAAUGGUUAUUGUGACAAUCAGUGAUGAUUUUCAGUUUUACUUGCUCCUAUAUCAUGUGUACUAACAUUCACUGCCUACUCUACUGUUCCAAUUUAAUUUGCCAUGAUUUAUUUGUUAUUCAUGUUAUUUAAUUUGUCAUUAUUUAAAAGGGUAGCCCCAUCAGUAAUUGAAAUACUGUUAGAUCUGUAUUUUUUAUUAAUACAAAGAUGGAAAUUAUACAUGUAUGCCUGGUUUUAGAAAGUUGUCAAACUUCUCAUCAAAAUAAGGAUAUUUACAUGAGAAUUAAUUAUGCCUAAUAUUUUGGCAGAAUCUCUUCUUUGUUGGUUGUAUUUGAUGCUCAUGUCUGAUUGGACCAAGAUUUUGGCCAUGUCGUAUUGGAUAAAUUUAUCGAGAUCAGGGAAUCGAUUCAUCAAACUUCUCAGCACUGACUGAGUUUUCAGCUCUGACAAUAUAAGUGGUAUCUUUGGAUUUUGAUUAGCUGAGUAGCAUUGGUCUGCUCCAGUUACCCCAAGUACUGUCAGUGCAUGAAAACUUGUCUGUACUCACAGGCUUCAUAAAUCAGUGCUCUGAUGGCAUUUGGUGAUGAUGUAAUCAAAGAAUAUUAUUGAUAAAGAACUGAGCCUUGUCUGACUUAGUGUGGUUUAAGAAUAUGUCAAAAUUUCCAUGAAUUUAAAAUUCAUUUGAAUGAUUUAUUCAGAAUAUUCCCAUUUCUCUGAAUUAAACUGAAAUAACAUUAGUGUAUAUUUUGUGAUCAGUUUGUGAUCAGCACUAAUUGUCAGUGUAAAAUUCCCCUUUAAUAUAGUUAUAGGUCAGGUAUUUUUCUUUAAGUGGUUUAAUGUGUGGUUUAAAAUAGAGAGUUUGUUAGUUUCCUGUAGAAUAUAUGCCUCAACUUUGGUCUUGGAUGUGGAAUAUAGGAAUAUGUAUGUAUUGUAAGUAAAAAGUAAUGCAUUUCAGCUUUUCAUAUUAAAGUUUAGACAAAAAUGUGAAGUACAAUCAUCAUUACACAUCCUUUAAAAAUGCAUUUUUCUUACGAUUUUAUAGUGUCUUGAUAUGAUGUAUGAUUACUUUUUGUGGUCACUUUUAAAACAUAGAAAACAAGGCAUUUAAAUUUUUGGGCAUUUGUUGUUAAAAACCACAUUUUUGAAAAGUAUUUGUAUGGAGAUCAAAGAAUGUGUACAUUUAGAUGAUUCUUUUUUAACAGAUUAUUUUAUUAGUUUUCUUGAGCCUGUUACAAAAGAGUUGCAAUUGAACGCAGCUCCAUAAAUCAAAUGCAACUUGAUUUUUAGCCAAUCAGAUAUUUAGGACUUGCGCAUAAUUUUAAAGUCCCAAUUAAAUGCAAUUCUUUCUCCAACAGGACCGUUUUGUGUCUGUCAAAGUGACCAAUCCUAUAUGCCACUGAAUCAUGUACUAACUCGUCCCUUUUCUUUGAAUGGUUUUGAGUAUUGUUUAUAUUGUACUGUACAUUUAUAUUCAAAUUUAAAGAUUAUUAUAUUGAAAUUUUCUAUUGUACAUGUAUUUUCACCAAUAACUGUAGAUGGUAUUUCUUAUUAGAUGUGCACUAGCGUGUGGUUAUUAAUGUUUAUGAAAUAUUGAUUAAAUAAAGUAUGCAGAGAAUAAAAAAUAGUGAAGGUGAAA